AUGAACUUGAAGGUAGCAGAGACCCUCCUGGCUCUCUUCCUCCUCUAUGUCUGCUCUUCGGUCCCCAUCAGCCGCCCCACCAACUGGCUCAGGCAAUGUCGCGCCUCCUCCAACCUCUCCAUCACAGCACUGGAGGUGCUGCCGGGCGGAGGCUGGGACAACCUCCGCAACACGGACGCAGGUCGAGUCAUGAACCUCAGCUACUUCCAGUGCCAGAGCACCGAGGACGGGCUUUAUCUCAUCCCAGAUGAGGUGUUUGUCAUCCCCCACAAGGAGACGGGCAUUGAGAUGAACUCUGAGAUAAUCAGCUCCUGGCUGGAGCAGAGAAGCUUGACAUCUCAUUCCAUAAAUGCAGAGAUUUCCUUCUUCUCGGUGCUGAAUGGCAAAUUUUCGACAGAGAACCAGAGGAUGAAAACCCAUCAGGUCAAAGACUCUUCAACCACAGCCAGAGUGCAAGUUCGUAACUUCAUCUACACAGUUAAGGCGUUUCCAGACUUCACUCUGGACACACGCUUUUCCCAACAAGUCAAAGAGAUAGCCGAUGCAAUUGAAAACAACCAAACAAGGAACGUAGUCUAUCUCUCAGAGAAGAUGGUGCUGGACUAUGGAACCCACGUCAUCACCAGUGUUGAUGCUGGGGCCACUUUGGUGGGGGAAGACUACAUCCAUUCUUCAAAUGUGUCCGACAGUGCAUCGGACAGUUCCUCUGUCAAAAUGCAAGCAGGCUUAAACUUUUUUGACAAGGUCAAGUUUGAAAUAAGCAGUCAGAAUACCCAACAGAGCUCCUCUCUUCUAACAUAUCAGUCCAAGAUUCAGUACUCUCUUAUUCAAAGCCAUGGCGGGGGCACGCCUUUCUAUCCUGGCAUCACCCUGCAGAAGUGGCAGGAAAGUAUCAAGAACAACCUGGUUGCUAUUGAUCGGUCGGGAUUCCCCUUGCACUACUUCAUAAACAUCAACACCUUGCUCGAUCUGCCCCCACCUACGGUGGACAAAGUGGCUCUUGCGGUGAGUCAGGCUGUGGAGCGAUACUACAUGGUCAACACGCGGCCAGGAUGCGUCGACGUCAAAUCCAAGAACUUUAACUUCCAAGCCAACAUUGAUGACGCAUCCUGCGAGGGCCCCGCUACAAACCUCAGUUUUGGUGGCGUGUACCAAAAGUGUACUUUUAUCAGCUCAGAUGCAGGUCCACUGUGUGAUGCUCUGGCCCAGAAAAACCCACAAACAGGGAACUUUUCCUGUCUUUCGCCUUACUCUGCCACUUUACUGAGAUCGGAGGUGAGACAGCAGGGUUACACUACCUACGACUGCCACAACCAAGGCUCUAAAUGUGGGUUUCUUUGGCUUUCACAUUGCGAUAGUCAAGUGUGUCAGGACAACUACCACGUUCGCUCUGCACGCAUCGACACCUACUGGUGCUCUGUGAGCGGAAAGGCCCCAGACAACUCAGGGUAUCUGUUCGGAGGCAUGUACAGCCCCUCCCUCCUGAACCCCCUCACCAAUAGAAAAAGCUGUCCCACAAGUUUCAUUCCAGUGAAGUUUCUCUCGGAUGGCCAAGUGAUCUGUGUGGGUAAGGACUAUGAAAUCGGCAGCAGAUACUCAGUGCCAUUCGGAGGCCUCUUCAGUUGUCAGUCAAACAACCCGUUGGCAAAUAAUCAACGCCGCUGCCCUCCUAAGUUCAGCCAGCACCUCGCCGCAGUGAGCGACGGCUGUGAAAUCCUUUACUGUGUCCAGUCAGAUCUGUUCACAGGUGGGCAGCUGCUUCCGAUCCGUCUGCCACCUUUCAUCAAGCCUCCACUUGUCAGCAUGCAAGCCACAAAUACAGUCAUGGUCAUGAUUGAUGGAGAUAUGAGCUGGAUCAGAGUGGGGAAGACCAAGGCGUGGAAGCUGGCCAAACCAGAGGAAAUCAAGGCAAUGGUUGAGAAGCUUAACCCCGAAUCGCGUCAGAUGUCUGGUGGCGAAAAGGCCGGGUUAGCCUUCGGGCUGAUUGGCAUGAUGGCGCUGGUGGUCAUAGUGGCAGUAGUCCUGGUGAAGAGGAGGAGGGGGAAGCUGUCUGGGUUCAGGACAGCUGGGAGCUAUGAGGAAAUACAUGAUGAGGUUGAAUGUAAAGAACAAGAUGCGGCUUAAGAAUAAAACACAGAUUAGACGCCUUUUGAGGACAGCUGUUUGUCAGUCGGUUGUAACCCAGCUCGAUCUUAACAUGCACCACAUGGAUAUUGAUUAAAGACUUUUACAAAUUUGGCAAAAACAGUGCCUCCGACCUGCUUUCAUUUUUGAAACUCCACACAUAGGUUAAAGGCGUGACGUCAAGAGGUUGAUCUAGUGUGACGGAUAUGGAAAUUAACUUCCUUGUUCAUUCUCAACGCAGAAAUCACUAACAUGAAUCUCACAGGAGCAGAACAUGUUGUUUAAGGGAUCCUAGAUUGCAUCAAUUAUUCUUAUUCUUUUGAACUGUAAAUGAAACCAAUCAGUAACUACAUCACCAAAUUUGAAAAACUGCUGGAUAUAAUAAAUACAAUAGUUAUAACACAUUUAUUGGGAGACAUAUUUGAUACGUCUCGCCAUGUGCCUUUCAGUGAACCCAGACAACCCUCAUGAGGCCAAGAUGCCUCAUGUCAAGUAGUGUAAAAAACAUGUUAAACCCCAUUUAAAAACCUGGAUGAUUUGUUUGACUCGUAAACAUUGAUAAAACAUCUCACAACAUUGUAUGAUUUAUUUUGACAGAUAAUUAAUUAACAUUUUGUGAUGAUUCUCGAUGUUUUGUGCUUAAUGUUUUGUCUCGUGCUGCUAAAAAUGAAAGGAUUUAUAAAUGUAUAUCAAUUAAACUUCUCUGCACUGCACAUAACUACUAAUUAAAGUGGCGUUCAACUAUUCAAAUGGA